UUGACGUUUGAAUUUAUAUUAUCAACGGGACAAAGUGCCGAAUGUAAUUGUUUUGCUUGUAAGUGGUAUCGAAAUGUCUUUAAGUUGAUUUAAAUAAUAAAUUUAUCAGACAGAAACAUGUUACGUGUGAGUAGAAUUGGAUGCAGAUUGUCAAAUUCAGUCCUUCAAUUGAAAGGAGCUAUUGUGCCAACGAAUCAAAUACGAUGCCUUUUUUCUGGCGAAGAGCUGGGAAUCAAAAAUUACGAAUUGGCGCGAAAACAAGUUGAAUAUUUUGUAAAAGAUCCACUGAAGUACAAGCAACAUUUUGAGAAUCGAUUCGUGGAUGAAGAUUGCAAUUUUACAAAGUAUGAAAAUGGAAUAAAAGAUUUGCUGCACGUUGUCGAAAAGAAUGAAAACGAUAUGAUUAUUCUGAAAGAAGCGUUAAACACAUUAAUUGAAAGACAACGCGAAUACGAAGGUGAAAAGUACGCCUUUGGCACAGUUAUAAUGCGAACUUUAUACUUUUUGGAUAUGCCAAACAAAGCCGUUGAGUUUUAUGAAGAUGAGCAUUUACGAACACUAUUUACCCAAGUCAGUGGACAUCAACUUCUAUUGGAUCUAUUGUAUGAACAUAAAAUGUACGACGAUCUUCUCCGUAUUUACGAAAGUCUCAAUAUGAAGGGGCAACUUGAUACAUUUAAACAAAUUAAUGUUAUAGUUUUAGCAACGUAUUACCAAUUGAAUACUCCAGAAACUCUCCAAAAAGCGUAUACUUUGUGGAAAAAAGUAAAUAGAAACAAAACCAAAAAUCAAUAUCGGAAAAGUCGAACGUUCGUUGCCGGAUUGGCGUUGAAACAAAAUGAUCCUGGCUUAGCGUUGAAUGUUCUAGAGGAUGGUGUUGAUCAUUUUUAUGUGACUAUGCGUCACAUAAGAUUACUUGCAUGGGCACAAUUAAAAAGAUUCGAUAAUAUAUUGAGAACGUUGAGGAUGAUACUGCAACGUUUCCAAAAAGAAAAAGUAAUUGAUCAACUAACAUCAAUACCAGUUCUUGAUGAUAUAGGAAAAUUACUUAAGGAAAACGGAUCGAAAGAACACGUCGAUGAAUUUAGUGCGUUACGCCGUGAGAUGGAAACAAAUCAACUAGUCACAAACAAGACAUUUGACGAUAUGAUGUGUGCACCAUUCCCCAUACGACCGGUGGCAAACACUUUUUAUUUAUCGAAAAAACAUCAUUGAUCGUAUCGAUUGUUUUAUUUGUUAUUUAUUGAGAAUAUGAGAGCAAAAAAAUGUGAUCAAUAAAAAUAUCAUGACUUAAUGCUUAUGAGUUCUCUGUUCAGGUGAAUGUUCGAUCACCUUAACUCUCUCGUCGUCUAGAUUGAUCUCGCUCCAUCAGAUCUCUAUGAAAAAUUUCUUUUUUGUUUAGAUUGGCUCAAGCAAUGAUUACAAAACAAGAAAUUUUCGGAAAAAUAUCGCUGAAUUUUAGCAAAAGUAAGGAAAAUUUAUAGGUAAAGGAUAGGCAGCAUAUCAAUCUAGGGGAUAACCGUGAAUUGCAGAUCGAAUAAUUUAAAAUAAUAAACGCUAUUUCUCUCUAGUUUUCACUAAUUCUGCUAGUAUUUCUACUAGUUUGUUCUAAUACUGCUAUUUUUUGCUAAUUUUUCUAGUACGUCAAAAAUAUCGCAUUCGUCAGAUUGACAGCAUGAUCGAAUAACUGAAAUGUGUUUACGUAAAUGUUUCAAGUUGACACUUUCAACGUGUAUAUUUGAAGCAGGCACUAGCGUAUACGUUUUCAGUAAGAAAUCUGUCAUCAA